GUUCACGCGUUUGUGUCUGUCAGUCAGUCAGUCAGUGCGCGCUAGCGGAGGCAGCAGUGGCGCAUCUCAAAUAUCCGCUGCUGGAAUAAAACGGCUGCUUUAGGAUGCCCCGUCACCGGACAAAGCUUCAGUUUUUCCCAUGACAAGCAGAUGCGAAGAGAGAGAGAGAGCGCGCGAGAGAGUUAACGGUACAGAGGAGAGGAAAGAUAAUCGGUAUUAUUAUGAGAAUAGAGGACGGGGUUUUCGGAGCCGUAUUUGUUUUGCUCGCAGAGAUGAGGCGGGGGGUAGCGAGUCGCUAUAAAAUCGUUGGGCUCCGGCCAAGCACUGUUCGGUUUUAGCACAUUUAUACCGCCGCGCGUGAGUUUUCAUCGACAAAUAGACGCUGUGUGCAACACAGAAAAUAAUGCAGCUGUCUCGAGGACAUCUUUGAGAUUUGCGGACUGCUGUUGCCGCUGCCAUGACAGACGCAGGCUUUCCAGCUCCACCGGUCACCGAGCAGUCGGUGUGAGAGAAGCACGGCCCCAACUGCAGCAGCACGGCCGAUGUGGGCUGCCUUUACCGGGGGAGAUUAAAUGUAAAUACUGUUCGGGUUAUUCAUCUCUAAUCGUUUGCAAUCUCAGGGAAAAUGUCCUCUCGGUCUGCUUUACCGUCUGCGAACGACCGGAGCACAGAUCAUCAUGCGUCUCUGGUGGCGAGUCGUUCAGAGAAGGGGACGAAUGUGUCGAGUCGUUCGCUGGGUGCGAGAUGUCGUAACUCCAUGGCCUCUUGCUCAGACGAUUUGCCACACAUUGGAAACUACAGGCUUCUUAAAACCAUUGGCAAGGGCAACUUUGCUAAAGUCAAACUAGCCCGCCACAUCCUCACAGGCAAAGAGGUUGCAAUAAAGAUUAUCGACAAAACUCAGUUGAACCCAACCAGCCUACAAAAGCUGUUCAGAGAGGUGAGGAUCAUGAAGACCCUCCAUCACCCCAACAUUGUGAAACUCUUCGAGGUUAUUGAAACAGAGAAGACGCUUUAUCUUGUGAUGGAAUAUGCCAGUGGAGGUGAGGUGUUUGAUUACCUGGUGUCUCAUGGGAGAAUGAAAGAGAUUGAGGCUAGAGCCAAAUUCAGACAGAUUGUGUCAGCUGUUCAUUACUGUCAUCAGAAGAAUAUAGUUCACAGAGAUCUGAAGGCAGAGAAUUUGCUGUUGGAUGCAGAUGCUAAUAUAAAGAUAGCAGACUUUGGCUUUAGUAAUGAGUUUACGUUGGGGAAUAAAUUGGACACAUUCUGUGGUUCCCCGCCUUAUGCAGCCCCAGAGCUCUUUCAAGGCAAAAAGUAUGAUGGGCCAGAGGUGGACAUCUGGAGUCUGGGGGUCAUCCUCUACACGCUGGUCAGCGGGUCUCUUCCUUUUGAUGGACAGAACCUCAAGGAGCUGCGUGAGCGAGUGUUGAGGGGGAAGUAUCGUGUGCCCUUCUAUAUGUCCACAGACUGUGAGGGGAUUCUGCGCAGGUUCCUUGUGCUCAAUCCCAGCAAACGUUGCACUCUAGAGCAAGUGAUGAAAGACAAGUGGAUGAAUGCAGGGUUUGAGGGUGAUGAGCUAAAGCCUCACAUUGAGCCAACGGAGGACUACAGUGACCCCAAACGCAUUGAGAUUAUGGUUGGGAUGGGUUUUACCACAGAAGAGAUUAAAGACUCUUUACUAAAUCAGAAAUAUAAUGAAGUCACAGCUACAUAUCUACUGUUGGGCCUGAAGACUGAGGAUGGUGCCGAGUCUCGAGUUAGUGGCAGUAUGACGUUGCCACGAGUGCGUCCAAACCCAGUUACCAACGGAACCAACAAACAAUCCACCUCUUCAUCAUCUUCCUCAUCAUCACACAGCAAGACUCAACGCAGCACCCCUACCUACCAUCGCCAGCGACGGCACAGUGACUUCUGUGGUCCCAGCAUGCCUGUGAUGCACCCUAAGCGUAGCCCGACCAGUGGCGGAGAUCGUGAGCUGCGUGAGAGCCGUAUGCCGCCGAGGAAGGCCAGCUGCAGUGUAAUGGGCAGCCGGACCCUCCCCCCAUCUAGUCCAAUGGUCAGCACCGCCAACAACCCCAACAAGGCGGAGAUACCUGACCGACGCAAGGAGAUGACUGCCACCACUAAUAAUAUCCCAGGAAGUACUAUGACCCGCAGGAACACGUACGUAUGUACAGAUCGUUCUAGCACUGACCGACACUCGCUGCUGCAGAACGGCAAAGACAACAGCUCUCUGUCUCACCGUCUCCCCCCGACCUCUCCGUCCACUCUAAGUAUUGUGGGAGCAGGAGCCUCCUCCUCCUCUUCCUCAGGUGAGCGCUGUCGGCUGACACGUGGUUCCACCAUCCGGAGCACCUUCCACGGGGGUCAACUCCGUGACCGUGUACCGCCCACCUAUGGACCUCCACCCAUGUCACCCACUCUCAGCCAUGAAGCUGGAGCCCUGCCGCCCAACGCCCGCAGCCGGGCCACCUCUAACCUGUUCAGCAAAAUCACCUCCAAACUCACACGCCGGGUCACAAAUGAAUCUGAGGGAGUCAGCAGAUCUUCGGUCACAGGUGGCUAUGUAUCUGGGGAUCAGAAAGCGUCCAAGCCCUGGGGCGGGGGAGGGGGGUGGGAUGUAAGGGGUCAUCUCUCCCGUCCCCACCGGGUCCCUGCAGAAGUGGUACUGGCCUUGCGUGAGGCAGCAAGGGGGUGUGGCUGCCAGGUCCGGCAUGCUGGCCCAUUUCUGCUGUGUUGCAGUCAUGGGGCGGCAGGGUCAAAGGUCGGAUUCCAAGCUGAGGUGUGCCAACUGAGUGUGGGUCCUGCAGAGGCAAAUGGAGUACGUUACACACGCCUGUGGGGGGCCCCACUCGCCUUCAGGCACAUCGCAUCGCUGAUCUCUAAAGAGGUGGAGCUCUGAGGGGACGGAGUGCAGACUUGACUCGAAUAUGCCCCCUCACUAUACUGUUAUAAUAGCGAACUGACUUUGACCCACCCACCGAUGUGUAAUAGACUUAAAGCAACAUCUGCUCCCUCCUCCAGUCACAACUCAACAAACACCAAAACUUUAAACACACGCAUACACAAACACAAUCACAUUAAAGGCACGGAACACCCAUAUCCCUGACAUUGGGAAAUCUACAAAAAAACAAGCAUAUCCCUUCAUGCUCAAAAUAAAAAGGAGUCCUUCUUAACACAGAUACUCACACCCACAAAUGCACACACACACACACUCUGAGCAUCCUCAUUCACUGGAUCUGGAUUGAAUCCAGUUUAGUAUUUUUAUUCUCAUUCUAGUCAUGAAAUUCUUCAAUAAUUUAUGUCAUUCUUUUUUUUUUAUCACUUUUGUAUGUUUUUAAGUUUUGACAUUUUAAACGGGUCAUAUGUUUUUUAUGUUUUUGUGAUUAAUGUGUCUUACAUUUGUUAUUACGGAGUCAUAAACUCAUUGAAUCAUCGCAAAUGUAGAACUGUAGCUGCCAGUGAACUAUAUGCACAAACAUAAAGUUGGCGAACGUAUCCUAACACCAUCAUAGCUCACAGUGCCCACACAAAUCUAAAUCAAAUCUAAAUCACAGUGCCCACACAAACUUGAUGAGGCUGUCAGCCAAUCAAUCACAGACUCAUCACGGAACACUCUACACAUUGUUCUUGAGAUUGUCCAAGCAGAAUUUAGUUCCUUAGAAAAUUUGUUUUUCUGAUGUAUAAUGCCAGUUUACGUAUUACUUACGGAUUAAUUUAUUGUCCAGAUAUAGAAAAACAUUUAAUGCCAAAUGACUUUUCUUGCUCCUUCUCAAGCAGGAUCUGUGAUUGGUUGAUAUCCCUUUUUGUAUGACUCCUCUUCUGUGAUUCUUUGCAGUUGGAGUUACCUUUCCCUUUAUCCAAUCAGAGUGGGGUUGAGGUUAUAGAGCGUGUGAUUCAGAUUUGGAUCUAAGUGAUCAUUGUUAGAACACACUUCCUGCAUUGUAGAUAUGUGAAAAUUUUUCAAGUCACACCUUUUCUAUUGGAUUUAAUUCUAUUGUCAAACCUAUCGUAAUGUACAUUUCUAUAUUUUAAUUGUACCGUUUAAUAACAAGUAAGGAUCAGUAUGUUAAAUAGAGAAUCAUGGUCUGGAUAACAAAAAUGUUUCCAUGAACCUCCAGUAGUAAAACAAAGAGUAGAAAGAUAAAUAUUUAGCUAACUAUUGCAGCUUAGUAAUUGCCAACUUUAUGUCAGCAAUUAUAAAUUCAAAUAGGCAUUCAGACAAUUCAGUGUUCCAGGGAUUUAAAUGAUUAAAUUUAUUUAUAAAAACAAAACAAAAAACAAACAAACACAUUUUGAUCGCUUAACCAACAAUGAGAUAUUACCUCAAUGCACCAUUUACUGUAUCUAAAAUGCAGGAUGUUUUCAUGCAGGACUGCAGGAAAAAGUUUAGUGCUCUUACUGCAGAAUAGAUUUUUAGAGGCAAGUGCACCAACAGGGUUUAGAAAAGAAUGUGUGUGUUGUGUGUGUGGCAGGUUUGCAAGCUUACAUUGAAUAAUUUGGCUAAUAAUUCCUUACAAUUCUAUGUCAAAUAAACAGAGUUGCAAUUUAAAAAUGGACAUUGAAUGUUCUGUAUGGCAUUCUAUCUGACCUGAAAAUUAUUUACGGACAGGUCAUGUGUUCUCUGUGGCUAAUUAUGGCUUUUGUAGCUCUCUGCUACAAGCACGUUAAUAUAUAUAUAUAUAUAUACAUAUAUAUAUAUUAUUAUGUGCAGGUCUGGCACUUGAAUAGAAGGUAUAUGCUGCUUCUUUUAUGAUCAGAAUUAUUAUUAUUAUUUUUUUUAGGAGUUUACUUUUUUUUUUUACCAUUUUAAAUAAUGCCUUUUGCUUGCUUUUUGAAACUAGUUCUGGUCAAUUGUUGUAUAACAAGACCUAAAAUGCAUUAGAUGUCAAUUAGCAAAGCAUAAAACUAACAAUAAAAUUCACAAUUUGUGGAUCAAAAAUUUAAUUAUUAGUGGUGGUGACGGUACAAUAGCAAUAGAUGUUACUGUUAUGUCUACAAGUUGUUUUCUGUCAUAGUUUUAAGCCAUGCUUACACCCUGUUGGUGCUGCCAGCCCAUGACCAGAAAGCUAACGUGGAAGAACAUGAAGAGUACAGCAAUGCAUUAAGGUUUACAGAAUAGUUCUUGCUAGUUCCAUGAUUUACGUUGGUUGGUGUGUGAGAGACCCUUUGAUUGGCUGAGGUAGCAAUUAUGCUGUCAUGUGUGAAGUAUUUCAUAGAUACUGAAGGAUUACCUGUUGACUUUCUUCAUGCUCAUAAUGGCAUCUCUCUCUUUGUUCACGAGAGUGUUUUGAUUUGGCUCGAGAGUCUAGUUUACAGUGCGGACAAUAAGGUUGGUUCUUAAUUUGGAUGGUUUCAUCUACAGCAAGUAUAUCAAAGGCUGACCAAGAGUCACACUUAAUUUAUUCUUCAAAGUUUCAGAGUUGAGUGACUCCACAGGUUUCACGGUGGUGCUUCGCCUUUAACCUUUGACCUCAGUCACACAGUGAGCCCUUCCAUUCUGCACCUUUGCCAUCUCUUCAUCCAUCCUCUCACUAAUCCACUUUUUUUGUUGUCUUGUUCACUUUAUUCUUUUCCUUUACACUGCACGUUCAGGAAGACACCUUGUUCCUUCUCGUCCAAUUGCUAAAUCACUGAAAAUCCUUGUGUCAUUGUUCUGUCUGCUCUGUGAUUGGACUCCUGUUGUGGAGACACUUCCUGUUUCAAACUGAACAGAGUGCAGGUCCUGGACCAGUCUGGCUCUGUCUGGUUUGGACUGCUGAGAUCUGUAUCUGUUAGAUGUCCAUUACGACCUCUGUGCACACAUGUUGACUUGAAUCAGCUGCAUACUUUGGCUCUGUGGGUAGUACCCAUUUCUGGCCACCGGUGGGCACCAAUGUCUUAAAUGUGAACACUUCGAUUUGUGUAUAUUUGCACAGGUACUUAAUUUAUUUUCUAGAAUAAUUAUCUUGGGAGAAAAAAAUACAUGGUUUAUUUCAGUCAGACACUGGCUUUACAUAAAGAUUAUGAUACUGAUGAUAAUAUUGUGAGUAUAGUAUAUACAGUAUCUUAGAACUCCAGGUUAACUCAUAGCUAGAGCAGAGACCCUCUGCUAGCUCUCCAGAUGUUUCUAUGUGUGCUGAACUGAAACACUAACCUGCAUUCCUGCAUGAUAUGGAGAAAGAGAGAGAGAGCAUAAACAGAAUAACAGAAAGCUUGAAAGAAUAAGAGGGAGAGAGAGAGAGUGUGUGUGUUUGCUGGUAUGUGUAUGAGUGUGCAUGAAUGUGUGAACAUUAUAGCCCUACUCUACUGAUCUGUUUUCUCUCUCUCUCUCUCUCUCUCUCUCUCUCUCUCUCUCUCUCUCUCUCUCUCCGGGUAGGAAUUGUUUGUUUGAGAGGACUAGGGCAGACCUUUGCUUUGGCAGCCAUACUUGACCUGGAGUGAAAGUGUGUUGGUAUGAAUGAGCUUUUUAAUGUCCAAGGCGUUAAAAAGGGUAUUAAGGAGAUAAGUGAGAAUUUUGAGUGUGUGUUGCUGAGUGUGUUCUGUCUGAAUGGUAAACUCCCUCCAGUUCAGUGUUGUGCUGUCUGUAACGUAAACUGUCUGCUAUGACAUUGGAUUUCUCAUGAUGCAUUUAGCUAAUAUGCAAUAUGUUAGAAAGAAGUCAGGUGGACAAACUAUGUAUACGAGAGAGAGAGCAAGAGAGACAGAGAGAUUCAAUUCUUGAUGCUGUUUGCAGAAAGGGAUUUUUGUUUUCUUCCAGAGGUCUUUGCAUCUCUGGCCAAAUAUUAAAAUGGAAACAAAAGAUCUUGAGAGAAAUAAACUUAACUGAUGUUGGCA